AUGGCUUCAAAAUCAGCACCCCUAAUAGCGCCUCUCCUGCGCCGAGCUUUCGUCCCACGAAACAUUCCCCGCCCGUUCUCUCUCCGCAACAGCUCGCAACCCGCCUCAUCACAGCUUCGUUUCGCCCACGCCAUCCCCCGUCCUCCCCGCAAGCUCCCGCAAAAAGAACCCGCCACCACAGAUUCUCCCGCAAGCGAAAGCGACCGACCAGAGCUCAAGGGCCCGGCAUUCUACCAGCUCUCCUUCACUUGCGUGCCCUGCGGCCAUCGCUCGCACCACAACGUCUCUAAGCAGGGAUAUCAUCAUGGCUCUACGCUGAUUACAUGCCCGAGCUGUCGCAAUAGACAUGUGAUAAGCGACCACUUGAACAUCUUUGGCGACCGGAAAAUCACUGUCGAGGACUUGAUGAGGGAAAAGGGCCAGCUGGUCAAGAGGGGUUCCUUGGGCGAGGACGGAGACAUUGAAUUCUGGCCUGAGGAAGUGGUGCCAGAGGACUUGGCAGAGGAUGCAAGCAAAAAUACAAAGGGAUCAGCAUAA